AUGGCGGUCCGCGAUCUAGAGGCCAGUAGUUACGAGCGUUCAGCGAUGGACGCCUCACAAGUGGUCGAGGCCGUGUCCAUUCUCUACACCGACCCCUCCCCGGAUCGCAAGUCUCAGGCCAACGCAUGGCUCACCUCUUUCGCCGCAACCCCCGCCGCAUGGGGCGUCGCCGCGAGUCUCGUCGAGUCAGCGCAGUCAAUGGAAGUCCGUUACUUCUGCGCCAAUCUCCUUCUUUCAAAAGCGCGCUCCGAUCUCUCCGCUCUCCCCCCAGACUCGCGCGCGGAGCUCGGCGCGCAUCUGCUGCGCCUGGUCGCGUCUUACAUGACCAAUAGCAGCGUGCCACCUGUCGUUCUCUCCCGCGUCUGCCUCGUCGUGGCGGCGGUCGCGCUGCGGUCGGCCAAUCAACACGCGCUGAAUGCCAGCACGCUAUUGGACGUCGUGCUGCGCGCCGCUGACGUGGCGGAGAAGAGCGAGGGGGGAGCUGGGGCACACGGGUUGGGGGGCGGGGGCGGGGGCGGGGGCGGGGGCGGGGGAAGCGCAAGCGAUCCGGCGCUGGCGGUAGUGGUGGCGGUGCUGCAGGGGGUGGCGGAAGAGGCGGAGCAGCUGGAUAGGCGCAACACGGAGAUCACCCUCGCGCUCAUCCGGACCCGCUUCCCGGACCUGCUGCAGAUCAUCCAGACCUACUCGCAGCGCCACAGCCCCUCCCUCUCCUCCCCCUCCUUCCCCCCGCACCUCCCCCCCCACCCCCCACCCAUGCUCUCCGCCUUCCGCCUGCUCCUCACCUGGUUGCACGUCGACUUCGCCUCCGUGGGCCAGCAGCCAAUCACAGCGUGCCAGCUCAGCACCGCCUUCCCCUUCCUCUGGCACUUUGUUCUCCGCUCGCUCGCAUCGCCCCACCCACCUGUCGCGGCCACCAGUGCCGAUAUUCUGGUGGCCCUUGUCGGCCAAUCAGAGGCCCAAGCACCAGAUGCGUCAGCACCAGUCAUAUCAUCUGUGCUAAAGGCCCUUCUUGACGCAUGGGACGUGGCCCAGGCACACUCAGGCACGUGGUCACACCAGGCCAGGCGCGCAGUGCAGAGGGGGUUGAGCGCCGUGGCAGUGGCUGUGGCAGAGGAGCACCCAGAGGCGCUCACGGACCCGCGUGCGCCCGAGGGCGUGGCUGUGGGGGAGGUCGUGCUGGCGUGCGCUGCAGGGGGCGGGGGAGCGUGGGGGGGCGGGGAGGGCGGCGAGGGGGAGAGUGCGGAGGAGGUGGAGGCGAGUGCAGAUGGCGUGGUGGAGUUCUUUUCAGCUGUGAACAUUGUGGCGGUGAAUGAGAGGAGUGAGGGGUACCGAGGGGCGCUCUUCCUUCGCCUCGCUGAAACCCUCACAACCAAGGCUGCCUAUCCGCCAUCAUUCACAUCAUGGGCUGACAACCAGGAAGAUGCUGACGCCUUCUACCGCUUCAGGGACCAGCUAGCAGCGGAUGGGCUGCACAUGGCGUUUGGGCUGCUGCCAGUGGAAUACAUGGACCGCGUGGGGUCCUCCCUGCAGAGCGCAGGCACAUGGCAGGCAGCAGAGGCAUCGCUCUUCAUGCUGCGAUCCGCUGCACAGGCAGUGAAGAAGCGGCUACUAAACCUGGAGGCAUACGGGGAGAGGGAGCAGCGCAUGGCAGCGGUGCUGGGGGGCGUGAUGGUGCGCGUGAGCCGAGACGCGGAGACAGGAUGCUUCCUGGCGUCGCACCCCCUGCUGGUGGACACAUGUUGCCUCCUCAUUGGCUCCUUCGCUGAUUGGCUCAACCUCCAGCCCGACUGUCUUCUCGGUGUCAUCGGCUACCUCCUAAAGGCCCUUCAGUGCGCAGUGCAGCAGGUGCGUUCAGGGCCGUGUGUGCCCGUUGUGCCCUGCACCUCAGUGUUCCUUAUUUCUCUCCUGCACAUUGUCUCCUUCCGUAUUCCUCCUCCCCCCAACACCCCUUCCUCUCUUCCCCCAGACCUAGAGAUCCGGCAGGCCCUAAUGGAAGGGCAGGCGAGGGUUAUUGCCUCCCUCCCCCCCUCCACCGCGGCCCCUCUUGCUCUCAGCCUCACCUCGCCACACAUACAGCUGGCGGCACAGCUGGCACAGAUGCAGACAAAUGAGACCAGUGGGUUUGGAUCUACCAGUGAUGGUGGUGGGAGGAGUAGCACUGGUGGUGCAUUUGGUGCGGUUGGGAGUGGUGGGAGUGGGGUCAUCACCGCCCUCUGCCAUCUUUUCCGCCACUCCCUGCUCUGCCUCAAGCACCCCUCUCCACCCAUCCUGCCAUCCAUCGCACCGCUCGUCACCGCAUUCGAGGAGCACCAGCACCCGGCAGUACUGGAGGUGCUGGCUUUGGUGCUUGAGCUCAGUGCAGCUGCGGCGUCUGCUGGGGGUGCAGCUGGUGAUCUAUCUAUCUGUCACUCCGCCCUGCAAGCCUGCUCCAUCAGUGCAUUCUCGCUCAUUCAGGUGAGCCUGCUGUCUCCCUUGACCUCAUUCACCGCAUUCGAGGAGCACCAGCACCCCGCUGUAUUGGAGGCGCUAGCUUUGGUGCUGGAGCUCAGUGCCGCUGCGUCUGCUGGGGGUGCUGGCGGUGCUGGUGCUGCUGGUGAGUCUGUCUCAGGUGAGCCUGUCUCAGGUGAGCCUGUCUCAGGUGAGCCUGUCUCAGGUGAGCCUGUCUCAGGUGAGCCUGUCUCAGGUGAGCCUGUCUCAGGCAUCUCCCCCACCGACCAGAGGUCCUAUCAGCACUGUUCGACAUGGGCUAGGCCCUACCGCUAUCUGCCCUUUGCGCCGCACCUGCUGCUACUGGCACCCUUCCAACGCCUCUCAACCCUCCACCUGCUCCUCUCCUUCACAUGCCUCCCUCCUGCCCCCCUCCCAGCGCAGUCAUCUCCCCCAUCGCCCAGAGGUGCUCUCAGCCCUCUUCGACAUGGCGUAUCGCUAUCUGCUCUUCGCGCCACACCUGCUGCUGCAGGCGCCCUUCCUCGGGGCACUGCUGGACGCCGCUGCAGCGACAGUGGCACACGGGGAGAGGGAUUCCGCCAAGUCAGCGCUCACACUGCUCUGCUUCCUGCUGUCCCCGGGGAAAAGGGCGCUCUCCUCUCCCGCAUGGAUCAG